CUUACCAAACUAAAUAAUGUUUCAGUAACGAUCACAUAGAUACCAUAACAAAAGUAAACGUGCUUGCAACAAAUCAUUUAAUGGAUUUCCUCAAUGCUAGUAGGAAGUUUGUUUUUGUCGAUACCUGGGGCUAUCCAGUUAACAAUACUUGGAACGGUAUGACUGGUUGUCUCGCCAGAGGUGAAGUGGAAAUCGGAGGAUCUCCAAUGUUCUUUACGCUGGCUCGAUUGCCUAUUCUGGAGUUCAUUUCAAGUCCCGUACCGUCAAGAUCAAAAUUCGUGUUCCUACAACCGAAGCUUUCUUACGAAAACAAUUUGUUUAUUUUAUCAUUUCGUCACUCGGUGUGGUACAGUAUAGGCGCAGUUAUCAUUUUCCUAUUCUUGGCAUUAUUUGGUGUCACAUUUUGGGAAUGGAAGAGAAAUGAUCAUGAUGUUGGUUCGAGAAUAAGUGAAGCGGAAAUAUUACGAGCAAAUACAUCUGAUGUUGCCAUAUUAAUUUUUGGAGCAACUUGUCAACAGGGAAGCCCUGUGGAACUGAAAGGUACUUUGGGUCGUGUGGUGCUUCUGGUGCUCUUCUUGACGGUUUUGUUUCUGCAUACUUCGUUCUCUGCGAACAUUGUUGCUCUCUUACAAUCAAGUUCAUCACGGAUUAGAACAUUGGAAGAUUUGCUACAAUCUCGACUGAAAUUUGGUGUCCAUGAUAAUCCUUUUAACAGACAUUAUUUUUCGACCAUGUCUGAACCGAUUAGGAAAGCUAUAUACGAUACGAAGAUUGCACCUCCCGGUGUACCGCCGCGUUUUUUGUCAAUGGAAGAUGGAGUUCAAAAAAUACGUCAGGGACUUUUCGCUUUCCAUAUGGAAACCGGCGUUGGUUACAAAUUUGUAGGAAAAUAUUUUGAAGAAGGGGAAAAGUGCGGCCUUUACGAAAUACAAUAUCUACAAGUAGCAGACCCUUGGAUCGCUGUUCGUAAAAACACUCCGUAUUUGGAAAUGUAUAAAAUAGGUACAAAGCGUAUAAUAGAACACGGUCUGCAGUACAGAGAAAAUCGUCGCUUGUACGAACGUCGACCUACAUGUUCUGGAAAUGACGGUAACUUCGUAUCUGUGAGCAUGGUUGACUGCUACCCAGCGAUAUUAGUGCUGUCCUAUGGCAUACUCAUAGCAACCCUCAUACUUUUUAUUGAGGUCCUGUAUCGGUAUAAACUUAAUAUUUUGAAAGGUAUUCUUCGAAGGGGAAGAAUAUCAAUUUAAUGUACAUUAAGUAUCUAGCGUUUACUUAUAGCACAUUUUAGAUCUCUUAUAUGAUAUUCAUGUGGCAACAAUUAUUCGACUUUGGAAUCACAGUUUAGUUCUGUCAUAGAUUAUAACACCUUGCAAUAUUUAAAAGUGUUUUAUUUCUAUUUCCGAACCGU